AUGCUCUACUCGGUCUGGUCAGAUGCCCAGACCGUCUUUCUUGGAUUGUCUACGUCUGUCGCUCCUCACAAACGCAACCCUACUUCCAAAAGUUCCCACUCAAUCCCUUCACCGUGCAGGCUGAGCUUAAAGCUCUCGACAAGCGGCUCCCCCAGUCCUACGGAUACCGCAACUGGCAUUAUUGGAAAUACGAAUCGGACCAAGUGCCGGAGUCAACUCAUUCGAGUCUCGACUUCGACGAGUACCACUACGAACCGCUCCUCGACGACUACUUCCGUUGGGAAAACCACUAUCCGAAAUGGAUGCUCCUUCACUUCUACCUCAGUGAACAUCUGCAGUCAUGCGCUGCGACUCGACUGUGAUCUUGACGUGCCCUACUAUCGCGAUGGAAGUGUCAGCGCUAUUGAUUGGUUCUGUGCUUGGGCGGACAUUGCCGACGGUUGUGAGCACAGGAUCAAGAAGUUGAAGUGCUCUGUAGGGGUGGACGUUAAAAAGAACAGGAGAUUGGUGGAAGAAUGA